UCUGAGCGGCAGCGUGCACCGGUCGGAUGAGAGGGGGAGAGGAGACAGCUGGAUGUGGGAUUUAACUGAGACACCUUAUCCGUCUCACAGCGCGGUACUGUCGGCCUGCAGAUCAGCGGCCUGCCUGCUCACCGACCUGUGGUUCUUCCACGCCCCCCCCCCAUCACCCAUCCUUGAUGUUCUGCUGUCCUUCUUCCUCCAGCGGUUCUUCUGUUCUUAGGAUGCGACGGGCCCGCGCUGCUCGUCACAGUGAGGAAACAUCCUUCAGCCGCUGUUCUGCCUCCCGGUGCCUGGCUCCUCUUCAACAGAUAGAUGGGGUCAUCGGGAAUAUUUAGUCUGGGUUAGAAGAUUUAGAAGGCGUCGUGCAGCCGGGCAGGCAUCACUGUGGGAGUGUCCUCCAUCCUCCAUAAGCCCCCCCCCUCCCUCUGUGGCAGUGAUGGCGGUGUUCCCUCUGCUUCCUCUCUGCGUGCUGCUCCUCUCCCUCCACACUCUGGGUGGAGCGUCUCCUUCCUGUCCUGUGAGCUGCCGCUGCUACAGCCUCACAGUGGAGUGUGGCUCCACCAGCCUGAGGGACAUCCCCAAACACGUCCCCCCCUCCACACAGACCAUCUUCCUGCAGGACAAUGUGAUUGGUCAGAUCCGUCGUCAGGACCUGACUCUGUUGAAACACCUGCACUACCUGUACCUGCAGAACAACAGCAUCUCAGCAGUGGAGCCUGGCUCUUUCCAGAACCAGGGUCAGCUGUUGGAGCUGGCUCUGAACGGGAACCGGGUCCACCUGGUAACAGCUGACAUGUUCCAGGGACUCGAACAUCUGCGCAUUCUUUACCUGGCAGGAAAUGACAUCACACGCCUGCUGGACUACACCUUCCGUGGUUUACAGCGCCUGCAGGAGCUCCACCUGCAGCACAACAGCAUCGAGAUGUUAGCGGAGCAGGCUCUGGUCGGGCUCAGCUCUCUGGCUCUGCUGGACCUGAGCAGGAAUAACCUCCACACCAUCGGCCCCGCCACCCUCAGACCUCUGGUCAGCCUGCAGGUGCUGCGCAUCACAGACAACCCGUGGCGCUGUGACUGCGCUCUGCACUGGCUGAGGAGCUGGAUCGAUGAGGAGGGUCAGCGGCUGCUCAGCUCUGCAGAGCGGCGCCUGGUGUGCACCGAGCCCCCCCGCCUCUCCCACCUCAGCCUGGUGGAGGUCCCCCUCAACAGCCUGGUGUGUAUCCCCCCUCUGGUGCAGCUGGAGCCCAGGAGGCUAGCUGUGCGCCUGGGAGAGAGCCUCAGGGUGUCCUGCCACGCCUCGGGGUAUCCUCGGCCUCAGGUGACAUGGAGGAAGGCGUCCCAGGGUAAGGUGGUGCUCUCCCCCAGAGGCCUGGUCCAGGAGCUGGGAGCAGGAGGAGGUGGAGUGGGUGGAGCCGAGGAGCCGUCAGAGGAAGGCAGAGUCAGUCUGCAGAAGACUGCCGGCGAGCGCUUCGACCCCGACACCGGCAGCGGCAUGCUGUUCCUCAGCAAUGUGACCGUGGCCCACGCAGGUUUUUACGAAUGUGAAGCCUGGAACGCAGGGGGCGUGGCCAGGGUGACCUUCCAGCUGGCCAUCAACUCAUCUACUUCCUCGUCUACCUCCUCCAUCUGGGCCUCGUGGUCCCAGGUGUCCUCGCCGUACUCCCCGUCCUGGCCCCGGCUGAGGAGCCACGGCUCGGCGGCGGGCUCAGAUGUGAGCCGGGAGCCGCUGUACGCUCUGGGCAGCAUGGCCUUCAGUGCUCUGGGGGCUGCCACGCAGACGGCCAUCGCUGCGGGCAUCUCCCUGCUGGCUCUGACCGCCCUGCUGCUGCUCGCCAUGAUCUACAGCCGCCACCACCAACCAGAGAAGGAGGCUGAGGCAGCUGAGAAGGAGGAGAGCAUCCUGUAUGUGAACGACUACUCCGACGGCCCCACCACCUUCGCCCAGCUGGAGGAGUACCGAGACGAGCGCGGCCACGAGAUGUACGUCCUGAACCGGGCCAAGCCCGUGCUGCCUCCUGCCCCCCCCACAGCUGUCUCCACCACCAACUUGGGCUGCCCCGCCCCGUCCGAUACCUCCAGCCACACCCUGUCCUCGGGGCAGGACCAGACAAUGAGUCCCACUCUGGCCCCCAACAAGAAGCUGCAACAGCAGCAGCAGCAGCAGCAGCAGGAGGGCGACAUACGAACCAUGAGGAGGAUGGCGGGGGAGGGAGGGGAAGCCGAGCCUGUGAUCACAUCAGAGGCUGAGGGGAUGUUUCUAAAUCACACAGGCCUGUUCAUGGACUCUCAAAUCGCCUAUGAGAUCCACUGCUGAAGGGGGGGGGGGGGGAAUCUAGGGCAACACAGAGGCUCUACAGCAAAGCCUGUCACAUCUUAUCUUAUAAUGUCAGGGAUCUACCAGAAACUGACACAAAGCACAUCCCUGUGGAAGGAUUCACUUCCUAUAAUGGACUCGUGUUGGAGAAGGUUGAAAUACCUAGCACAGCUCUCAAUCUGGUUAACUAAAUCAAAAGCACUUUUCAAAGGACAUACUGUGACCUUGCACGUCAACACAACAGUAGUGAGUAGGCCGGUGCGUAGGUUGCCGUACAAAUACUCUACACUCAAAGACAAACGUACCUGGACUCAGGUAUGAACCAAACUGCACACUUGUACAUGACAUUUAUCAGAAAACGUUAACCUUUAUUGUGCAAGAGUUAAAUCUGUCCUCUGAAGAUGUUGGCAGGGUGAGUAAGACCAGAGGGUACAACGUUAACAAGAGGGGGAAGUCAUGGAAUCUUCCAUUUCAUGAGCAUGUGUUUUAUAAUGAUUGUUAUUGUCUGGACAUGUUGGAGUCAGACUGUGCACCUGCCGAGCGUCUGAAGGCAGUACAAUGCGUCAGCUGAACUUUGUAACUAUGUAUUUAAAAGUGUGGGAACAUGUUCAAUCAUUACAGAGAAACUAUCUUAAAGAGUGUUAAUCUCCCAAUAAUUAAAAAAGACCCUUUAGUCUGGUGGUACAGCAGCGGGGGAUGUACAAUCUUACAGCAAAAGGAACAUAUUAAAUAGAAAGGCAAGCACAUGUUAAAGAAGCCCUAAAAUGCUUUUUGGGUUUCUCCCCCCCCCCCCCCCCCCGCCUGAAAGGCCCCAUUGGAAUCCUGUGUUUACUUCCAUAUAACAAUGACAUCACUAUGUAACACGUGUGCUUCUAUUGGCUAGCACUCCAAUAAAUUAUACUUAAUAGACUAAGGGGCGGGACAUCUCUUAGCUGUUGACCAAUCAAAAAAGAGCCGGUCAGCUAACCAAUCAGAGCAGACUGGGCUCUGGUUUCAGACAGAGGGUGAAAAGACCUUUUGGAACAUUAAAACAUGGAAACAAGUCACA